AUGAGGACGCUGAUCAUCGUGCUGCUCGUUCUGCUGCUCAUCGAUGAGUCGUCUCAGGCGAAAGGCAAACGUCGAAAAUGCCCGGAGAACUCGUGGUCCGAAGGCAAAAUCAUGAGCACAAUUAUGAGCAACUAUUCGAAAAUGUUGCCCGACGCCGAGGACAGCGUUCAGGUCAACAUCGAGAUUCACGUGCAGGAUAUGGGAAGCCUCAACGAGAUCACAUCGGACUUUGAGAUCGACAUUCUGUUCACUCAGCUCUGGCACGAUUCGGCGCUGUCGUUCGCCCAUCUGCCGGCGUGUAAAAGAAACAUCACAAUGGAAGCGCGCCUACUCCAUCAAAUCUGGUCGCCCAACACGUGUCUCAUCAAUUCGAAGAAGACGUCGGUGCACGCGUCGCCGACGGAAAACGUGAUGAUAAUUCUCUACGAGAACGGGACCGUCUGGAUCAAUCAUCGGCUGUCGGUGAAAUCGCCGUGCAAUCUCGACCUCCGCCAAUUCCCGUUCGACAUUCAGACGUGCAUUCUGAUCUUCGAGUCGUACAGCCACAAUUCCGAAGAGGUCGAGCUCCAUUGGAUGGAGGAGGCUGUGACACUGAUGAAGCCGAUUCAAUUGCCCGACUUUGACAUGGUCCAUUUCACAACGAAAAAAGAGAUACUGCUGUAUCCGAACGGCUAUUGGGACCAACUUCAGGUCACGUUCACGUUCAAACGACGAUACGGCUUCUACAUCAUUCAGGCGUAUGUGCCGACGUAUCUCACCAUCAUCGUCUCAUGGGUCUCGUUUUGUAUGGAGCCGAAAGCGUUGCCGGCGCGCACCACCGUCGGCAUCUCGUCGCUUCUGGCGCUCACGUUCCAAUUCGGCAAUAUCCUCAAAAAUCUGCCAAGGGUCUCGUAUGUCAAAGCCAUGGACGUGUGGAUGCUCGGCUGCAUCUCGUUCGUGUUCGGCACAAUGGUCGAGCUCGCGUUCGUCUGCUACAUCUCGCGCUGUCAGAACAGCGUUCGAAACGCCGAGAGGCGUCGCGAGCGAAUGCGCAACUCGCAGGUGUGGGCGAACGGCUCGUGCCGCAAUCGCUCGAACGGCUACGUCAACGGCGGUGGCUCGCUGAUCUCGGCCAACAACAACAAUCGUCAGGACACGCCGUUCGUCGGACGCGGCGGCUCGCUGACACGCGCCAACGGACCACCAUCGCCGCUCAACCUUCAAAUGACCACCUUCGAUUCGGAGGUGCCGCUGACGUUCGAGCAGCUUCCGCUUUCCACCGAUUCCGAUAGACCGUUAAUAAGCGAGUUGCGCUCGUCGUCGCCGAUUCCGCAAUCCGGAUGCCUCGCGCGAUUCCAUCCGGAAGCCGUCGACAAAUUCUCGAUCGUCGCGUUCCCAUUGGCGUUCACAAUGUUCAAUGUGAGAGCCCUCAUCUACUGGUGGUUCUAUCUAUCGCAGACAUUCGAGCAGAAUUUCCAAUAA